AUGGCGGCUUCACCAGAGGGCUUCUUGCAUAGCUACGAGGCGAAAACCACUCACCAUUGGAAUGCAGCGUUGGCCACUCACGCAGAGAUCAAAGAGUGCCAGCGCAACCGGAACCUCUCAGGCUUGAUGACGAUGCAUUCGGCGCCUGGUGAGGAAAGCCAACUAGAGAUCUUAGCCUUGAAGCCUGAGCCUUACAAGAGUGAUUGUGCAGAGAUCAUCCGCGGAUACGGGAAGGAAGCUGGAGCUUGUGUCUUGGAGUGUCAGAAAUUUGACUCCGUUGCCCAGGGGGAGUUGAACUUCGUGCUCGAGUCGGCCCUCCGGGAGGAUUAUCAAUGUGACGCCUUGACUCAUGCGUUGCGCAAUGAACUUAACACUGGAGCAAGUGCAGUGGAGGAAACGAAGGUUUCCUUUGCCAGUGUGCAAGGCAAAUCCUAUACACAGGCGCUCCUCCAGCAGUUCCCCGAAUCAGUGGUGAAUGACAUGACCGAUGAACAGAAGCGCGAGAAGUAUCCACAAAUGCAGAGGCAGUUGUAUGAACAGCAUGUGAAGGGAACCAAGUCUCAGGCCGCUUCGCUCUUGCAAAGAAGCACACUUCCCUCCAACCAUGUCAUCGUCCAGGAGAAGCAACACAAGGCAGAGGCUCUGCAGCUUGAGGCCAACCUAAUGACCUCCAGGCGUACGAUGGUCGAGGUAUUGCGUGCUGGCUUGGAGGAGCAACAGGCUGACGCCCGAGACAAGAAGCUCAGGUGCACCAACCUCCGCCGGGUCACUUGCCGGGAGGAAGCCACCAAACGUGAAGCACUGGAGGAGGCAGAGAAGGCGCAUAUGAGGGCAUGGAGAGAAUACCAAGAUGCUUACAUCCGGGAUGAGGCCGUGGUCAUCUUGGAGGCUGGGUCUUCUCAGAAAUUGAAGCAAAUUGAUGUGCGGAGCUUGUUGUUUUCUCGACAGGCAGAUCUGUCAGCUGCGGACAAGGCUGUCACCGAAGCCCUGACAGCUGCUGAGUUGGCUUGCCAGGACUGGGACAUUGUGGAGCCAGAUCGGAACAGGUCGAAGGAAGGGGCCAGGUCGGUUUGGUGA